AUGCGGCCCACAACGAUGGCUGUGAUCAACGCACAAGUCAGUGAGCUCAUCAGGACUCUGCGUAAGAAAGGCUGGACGACUACCACUAUCGCCAAACACUUGGCCACAACUGGAAUAAGAGCUUCCUUGCGAACUAUCCAGCGUCAUUGCCGAUGUGCUGUUGUGGAGAAGAAGAAGGAACGCAAGCCACGUAAAGUGACAAGUCAGGUGAUGGAAAUAAUAGACUCCAUCCUGAGAGCAGACGAUGAACUACCAGCAAGAAAAGUAAAAGAGCUUCUCCAAAGCAGGCACAACAUAAUGAUCGGCUUACACUCGGAAUGGGAACAGCUAAAUUUUGACAUUCACACGCUGCGGUACACAAAGAAAGAGGUCAGAGCAAGAUGGGAGAAAAUACUUCUACAACUUGGUUACCAGUGUGAGGUGGAGGGCUUGUUGAAUGUGAAUAAGCAGUGUAAUUUCAGCAGAGAUCAAGAGCAUCUGACCAAAGCCAUCGAGCUCCUCAAAUACCUGCUGGAACACACCUGCUUGUUCCCCCCUGGCACUGGACACAACAGCAGAUACCUCUAUGUCAUGGAUCGGCUGGUGUCACUGGACAGCGCGGACGACUUUGUGAAGUUGGCCAAAGAGAAAUAUCCAAAGAAGGAAGGCUGA